AUGGCGGCAGCUCACAGGUCACUUCUUCUUUGGAUGGUUUUCAAUGUCUACUUGAUUUCCUUGACCUCAGCUCAAGAUGAAAACCAGUUCAUCUACCAUGGCUUCAGCGAAUCCAAGCUGCAUCUGGAUGGCAUGGCAGAAAUCCUCUCCAAUGGUCUACUGCAGUUAACCAACGCUACCGAACUUCAAACGGGCCAUGGUGGCCAUGGCAUGGCUUUUGUCGUCUCACCAUCCCUGGACUUAAGCAAAAGUAAGCCAACCGCAUAUUUGGGACUCUUCAAUUCUUCAAACUAUGGCCUUUCAACAAACCACAUCUUGGCCGUUGAGCUUGAUACUGUACAAUCCGCCGAAUAUAAUGAUAUAAAUGGAAACCAUGUGGGAAUAGACGUAAACAACCUGGAGUCUAAUGAAUUUGCUACAGCAACUUAUUUUUCCGAUAAAGAAGUGAAGAACAUAACCUUGGAGCUAGCAAGUGGAAAUCCAAUGCAGAUAUGGAUUGACUUCGAUGAAACCGAGAAAUUACUCAAUGUAACACUUGCUCCAAUCAGAAUCCCGAAACCAAACAGGCCCCUCUUGUCAACUUCCAUUGAUCUUUCUCAAAUUUUCUUGGACUCUAUGUAUGUUGGUUUUUCUGCAUCAACAGGUGAACUUGUAAGUGGCCAGUAUAUUCUUGGAUGGAGUUUCAACAAAAGUGGACAAGCACAAAAUCUUGAUAUUACGAAGCUUCCUUCACUUCCUGCCAGAGGAUCAAAAAAACGAAUUUUAAAGAUUAUUGCUUCCCUCAUAGUGGCAGUGGUUGUGCUUGUAGCAAUUGGUGCAACAGUUUACAUUUUUCAGAAGAAGAAAUACGAAGAAUUAUUGGAAGACUGGGAAAGACAAUAUGGUCCUCAUAGGUUCUCCUAUAAGAAUCUCUACAAAGCAACCAAAGGUUUCAAUGACAAAGAGCUUAUUGGAGAAGGAGGAUUCGGUAAGGUUUACCGUGGUGUAAUUCCUUCUUCCAAUGAACAAAUUGCAGUCAAGAAAGUCUCCCAUGAUUCCAAACAAGGGAUGUCAGAAUUUGUGGCCGAGAUAGUCAGCAUGGGAAGGCUAAGACAUAGGAACUUGGUACAACUCCGUGGCUACUGCAGUAGAAGACAGGAACUUAUAUUAGUCUAUGAUUAUAUGGCUCACGGAAGUCUUGAUAAAAUGUUAUAUAGCGAUACAAGACCAGGCCUUAAUUGGUUUCAGCGAUUUCGAAUUCUCAGAGGAAUAGCUUCUGGCCUUCUCUACCUUCAUGAAGAUGGGGAGCAAGUUGUUCUGCAUAGAGAUAUAAAGCCUGGUAAUAUUCUUUUAGAUGUUGACUUAAGUGGAAAAUUAGGGGAUUUCGGCCUUGCUAGGUUCUAUGAUCAUGGUAGCAAUCCAAAAACCACAAACCUGAUAGGAACUUUGGGUUAUCUGGCUCCAGAGCUUCUUAGGACUGGAAAGGCUACUACAAGCACAGAUGUGUUUGCUUUUGGGGCUUGUAUGCUUGAGGUGGCUUGUGGGAGGAAGCCUAUGGCUAUAGAGCCUGGAAACCUAAAUUUGGUUGAUUGGGUCAUUGAUUGCUGGAAAAGAGGAAAUAUUCUUGAUGCUACUGAUCCAAGAUUGGAAGGUCUUUAUGCAGAGGAACAAACGGAGUUAGUUCUGAAACUAGGCCUUUUUUGUUCACAGCCAAACCCAGCAGCUAGGCCUAGCAUGAGGCAGGUGAUGCAGUAUCUGGAUGGUGAUGUCAUGUUACCACAUAUAACACCUGAUGGCCCUUUGAUUGCUGCAUUCACCGCAAGUAAUGAAGCUUCUAAUGUUCUGGUGAAUUUUUCUGAAUUGUUGGAAAGGGUUUCUUCUCACACCAUGUCAACUGUUGAAUCAAUUCUCAUGGAAGGUCGUUGAAUCAACUAUCGUUUUGGAGUUUCUUGUACACGUCCCUCAUCUAAAAGGUGACUACUUAGUCCAUGAUUCAUGCAAGCCCAGAAAAACUCACAUUAACAGUAGAAAAGUGCUUGUGCCUAAUCAAGGGUCAUAAAGCUGCAGAAGACAAAACAAAUAAAAGAGU